AUGUUGCACCUGCAACUCACCGUGGUCUCCUGCCUUUUGGUCCUGGCCACCUGUAAGGUGCACAAACAAACGCCCUCGAACAGUUGGCGGGACAUGCUGUUCGGCAGCAAGUGGCUAACUCCCGCUCCCCGUUGGCGGGAGUCCAAAUUUUUGCCCAUCUUUGCCCUGGUUCCCAUCGGUCCUGGCAGCUGUUCAGCGCCCUCGGGCGAACAGGGAAAUUGCAUUCCCAGCAAGGACUGUGUGCUGAGGAAUGGCAUUCCAGCUGGUCCCUGUGGCGGUGGCUAUGGCGUCUGCUGCAUCUUUCUUCAGACCUGCGGCGGUGUGAUACGCGAGAACUCCACCUACUUUGUGAACCCCAACCAUCCGGAUGUCUACGAUGGCACCGGAAGCUGUCAGGUGACGGUCCAAAAACUCCAUCCGGACAUUUGCCAGCUGCGCCUGGACUUGGAUAUGUUUUCGAUAGCUCCUCCGGAGGCAGCCAAUCACCUGUGCAACCAGGAUCAGCUUCUGAUUUCGGGCGGCAGUCCCACGCCCACCAUUUGUGGCAGUUCGACGGGAGAUCACAUGUACAUUGACGCGGGUCUUGGCCAGAGCAACCCGAUUGUUUUAUCGGUCAUCACCAGCAGCAGUUUCCCGCGUCUGUGGCGCAUCCGCGUCACCCAAAUCCACUGUGGCAGCAUCAGUCGCGCGGAUCAGGGCUGCCUGCAGUACUACACGGCCAUCAGUGGGCGCGUGCGCAGCUUCAACUACAACACGAUUGGGGGGAGGCAGCUGUCCAACCAGGACUACAGCAUCUGCAUCCGGAACGAGCGCAAUUUCUGCGGAAUUCAGUACAACGCCUGUCCAGAUCUGGAGAAUAACCGAUCCAGGGCGUUCACCCUCUCGGGAAAUUCCAACAAUCCGGUGCCCACAAUGGUGGGUGGUGGCGGUUCAAUGCCGCCCAAUCCCAACGGUUGUGUCAGCGAUUGGCUGCUGAUUGGGUGUAUAAGGUCGGCGGAUAGGAUUCCUCCGCUGCCAGGAUGCGAGGAUCGCGUUUGUGGAGGGACCUUCAGCGCAGAGGCUGGCAUGCUGGCCAAAACAGUGCAAUCCAGCGUUCGUCCUUUCCGGCUGUACUUUCACACGGAUGGAGUAGAGGCGCCCAACGAUAUAGACAAUCGGGGCUUUUGCCUCGAUUAUGUUCAGCAGCCAUGCACCAAUGGUUUUUAG